UCCGCAGCUUCUAAAUUGUUUGAAAUUUUAAAAAUAUUUUAAGCUUUAUCAGAAUGUCUGUGGAAACUGCAAUUAAUGAAUUUACUAGAAUUUGUGUUAUGUUACAAUCGGAAGUAAAAAAGCGACGAAUACAAGGUUUGAAAGAAGUUGUCACAUUGUUAGAAUUACAGCAAUCUGAGAAUGAAACCGUAAAAUUAUGGGAUAUAAUAAAUAAAUAUGUGUUGAGAAUUUUAAACGAUUCUGUAGAAGAAUGUCGUGAUCGAACACUGGAGAUUAUCAAGUUAUUUAUAAUUAAUUUAGCACCGAACGAUAAGUAUAUUAUGCAUUUACUCCCAAUUUUAUCCAAAAGAUUAGGUUCUUCUGAGCAAAUAGAGACUUCAGAAGAAGUUCGACUGAAGUGUAUUACGUUAUUAAAAAUAAUAGUACUGAAAUACGAAAACUUAUUAGCAUUAUACAUUGAUGAUUUAACAAAAAUCUUAGUACAAGGUCUAGCGGACAAUUAUCCACUUGUUAAAAGAGAAAGCUGUGAUUGUAUAUCUGAAUUUGCAAAGAAUUUGUCAAGAUAUUUCUACGCACAAUCGCAAAACUUUGUGAAACCAAUUCUAAAUAACUUUACACACCAACAUCAUAGAAUUAGAAUCGCUUCUAUUAAAACAAUAGGAGAUUUAAUCCAAUAUGGAAAUAGUAAAUCUAUAGAAGAAGUAGCUACACCUAUGGCAGAAAGGUUGUUUGAUCAGAAUGGUCUUGUUAGAAAAGCCGUAAUAGAAGUAGCAGGUUAUUGGCAUCUAAACCUAAAAGAUCGAUAUAACUGGUGGCAUAAAAUUCUUCCGCUACUUUUAACGGGUCUACAUGAUGAAUUAGAAGAAAUUAGACAAAAAGCUGACAACUUUUGGGACGCUGCGGGGCAAUCGUAUGUAGAAGAAAACCAGAAUGAUGAAAAAUUGAAAAACAAGCUGGAUUUUCUUACCAAAGAUCGUCAUCAUUACCCUAAUGUUAUUAGACCAAACUUAGGAUGCCGUGUAAUAGCACAACAAUGCUUCAGUAAAUUGAUAAAUGGAAUUUGUUUGGAAUUAGGAGAUUGGAUUGCGGACAUACGAGUACGAUCUGCACAAUUACUUUGUGUAUUUAUUUUAAACAUAGAAGAAGAUAUAAUACAGCAUAUUGGAAAACUCUUGCCUCCUAUGUAUCGAGCUUGUAAUGAUGAAGACAACAGAGUUGUAGAAAAUGUAGAAAGAGCUGCAGAAUAUUUAGGAUAUUUUGUACAUCCGAAAAUCUAUUGUCAUUUGAUAAUCCCUACUCUUGAAGACACUCCAUCCGUAGGUCAUUUAAAAGUAUUUUCUGCAGUUUUAAAAGGUAGUGAACAGUGUACACUUCAGCCAUUAUUAGAAGAUAUUGGAAAAUUCUUACAACAAUCGCAUAUCUGUCAAAGUAAAAAAGGAGCAUAUCAAAAAGAAAUACUUUCUUGCUGUUCUUCUUUACUUUUAGUAUGCAAAAUGGAUUGCGAACUUAUAUCAAAGGAAUUAUUUACAAUAAUAUUCACUGUUUUAUCUAUGACACAAGAAAAUUUGAUAAAUUUGAAAGCACAAGAAUUACUAAGUAUACUUGCUAGCAUUAAUUCACUUGAUAACGUUGGAGAGUUAUAUCAUAAAUACAUUGGCCAAUUAUUUUCAACAUUUUCUGACUAUAAAUCAUGGUCAAUUCAUGAUCCAGAAUCUCAAAUUUUUUGUGCAUGUUUAACUUAUGCCAAGCAAAUUUUUGCUUAUAAUAUGAACAUUAUUUUACCAGUUCUAAAACAAACUCUGACGGAUGAUGCAGAUCCUGAAUUGAGACUGAAACAUUUUAUUUUAUUAUCAGAAUAUUUUAAUCGGGGAUCUUCAAAUGAGAUUAUGGAUACAAAAUUUUCUAGCCAAUUUUUGAAAGAUUGUAUACUUCCUGGAUUGAUUUGGACAGCAGGAAGAACUGCUGAAGCUAUACGUACUGCUGCAGUAACUUGUUUAUGUUCGUUUUUAAAUAAAUAUGAAAAAGACUCUGUUAUGGAGAGAAUUACAAAUCAUGAUGAAGAAAAUAUUUGUUUAAUAUUUGAUCAAAUAAUUCCUGUUUUAAUUAGUCUUGCAGAUGAUAAUUCUAAAACAAGUAGAUUUUAUUCUUUGCAAGCUAUGUAUUUAAUAAUGUGUAUCCGGAAGCAGUUUGAUCACCUCGCGGAGGAAUACAUACAUAAAAUAUAUCCAAUACUUUUGAAAAGACUUGAUGAUGGAUGUGAUGAUGUUAGAGUAAUAUCAUUAGAAGCUCUAACAGAAGUUUGGAGCGCAAUACCUAAGGAUUAUGACAUACAGUUUAAUAAAGGACAUGUAGAUACUUUGUAUACCACAAUUAUAAUAUAUUUGGAUGAUCCAGACAGCAAAUUUCAAAAUAUUGCAUUAGAUAAAUUAAGGGAAUUAGCCAAAGUGCAUCCAGAAUUAUUAUAUCAGAAACUUCAGAAAUGUAAGACAAAUUUUAGAAAUCAAAGGGAUAUGGAAACAUUAAUAGAACACUGUCAAUUUAUUUUAACCAAUAAAUAAAAUUGAUGACUGUCAAUUUCUUUUAACCAAUGA